AUGUCAUUCUUCACAAGAUCUCUUUCCCAAUUACCAAAAGUUUCGAAAGUUUCCUCCUCUGCAAAUAAUCUUAUUUUUCACUCGAUUAAUAAAAGAUCUUUUCAUCAAUCUAUCGCAAAUAUGGGUGUUCACAAUAUUGCAAGCGCGUCUGAUUUCAAGACUGCUCUCACCGAUAACAGCGUCGUCAUUGUCGAUGCUUUCGCAACAUGGUGCGGUCCUUGCAAGGCUAUCGCUCCUAAAGUCGCUCAAUUGUCAGAAGACUACCCCGCCGCCCAUUUUGUCAAAAUCGACGUCGAUGAACUCCCGGAGGUAGCACAAGAACUUGGUGUUAGAGCUAUGCCUACCUUUUUGAUCUUCAAGGGAUCAGAGAAGAUCGGAGAGGUUGUCGGUGCCAAUCCUCCCGCAUUGGAAUUGGCUAUUCAAAAGGCGCUGGCGGCAUAA